ACACACACUGUCGCACAUGCGCGGUACUGCAUUUAUACGCUAGACCUUUAAUCGAGGAACGUCUACCGGUGGUUAUGAGUCGCCGAAGAAGGAGAAAGAAAGGAGUAUCAAACUAAUAGCAAGUUAAGGUGACGGAGUAAAGAAGCUGUUAAGCUACUGCAGCUGGUACCAAUAUCCUGUACCCUCAGGGGGCUCUGCCUAUCAGGCAUUCCCCUCCCCUUGUGUUUGACAAGGCAAAGGGAAACGACAGAUGGUAUCUAGAUGGACGUGCAGAGAUUUUCAUGGUUUUUAUGUUAAUGACUUUGGAUAUACAAAACUUUUGACCUUUAUUCUUGGUUUCGUAUCUAAUUCAACUAGGAGCUAUUCUUAACAAGCAUAAUGGCUAAAUGGCUUAAUAAGUACUUUAGUCUAGGAAAUAAUAAAACCAAAAGUCCUCCACAGCCUCCCAGACCUGACUAUUACAAGGAUAAGAAAAAUGGCAGUACGGCUAACCACCUGCCUUUCUCUUUCCAAAACAGUUUGAAUGAGGAAAGUGACCUGAUCCGAGAAUACAGGGCCCAGAAGGAGCGAGAUUUUGAGGACCCUUACAAUAAUGGACCUGGUUCAUCCUUGCGCAAACUACGAGCCAUGUGUCAGGAAUAUUACUAUCAAAAUGGAGAAGAAGAUAAGAGGGACAAAGACCGAUCCAAAAGUACCGUGGGCUCUCCCGGGACAGGUUCGCCUUAUUUUCAGAGAAGUAAGAGUGAGAGGAGAGCGGGACCAAACACCCCCGAGAUCAAAUUCAUCUCCCCAACUCAUCACCGUCUUAUCAAGAUCGAGAGCAGUUCCACUGACAACAAGAGCAAUGUUAGUAACAGUCCCAGCACGAAUAAUAAGCAACUCAACAAGUCCGAGGAAAGUCACGCUAAGCAAGAAAAAGUUCCAGUGGCUGACGACUACUCUGAUCCAUUUGAUGCCAAAAGUGAUCUGAAGAACAAAACAGGAAAAGGGGAAAAUAAUGGAUACAUGGAACCUUAUGAGGCACAGAAGUUAAUGGCAGUUCUUUCAUUUAUAGAAAUUCAAAGACAAGAAAAUCAGAAGCUCCAGCAAAAGAACAUUCAGUUGUACGACACACCUUAUGAACCUGAAGGCAGUGGAGUAGAUUCAGACUCUGAGAGUAUAGUUAAUCAACGCUUGCGGGAAAGCAGGUUGCCACAAGAUGAUGAUAGGCCUGCAGAUGAAUACGACCAGCCUUGGGAAUGGAACAAAGUGACUAUUCCAGCCUUAGCAGCCCAGCUUAGUGAUAAUGAGAAAAGGACAUCUCCCUCGCCUUCCCGUGACAGACGUCGACAGCUAAGGCCACCAGGAGGUAGCUUCAAGCCAGUCAAACAUGGGAGCCCAGAGUUCUGUGGGAUCUUGGGUGAAAGAGUAGAUCCAACUAUUCCACUACAAAAGCAAAUAUGGUAUCAUGGAGCAAUAAACCGAACAGAUUCAGAAAACCUCUUAAGGCUGUGUAAAGAAUGCAGCUACCUGGUACGAAACAGUCAGACAAGCAAGCACGACUACUCCCUUUCACUCAAGAGCAGCCAAGGUUUCAUGCAUAUGAAAUUAACCAGAACCAAAGAGAAGUACAUCCUGGGUCAAAACAGCCCACCUUUUGACAGUGUGCCGGAAGUCAUUCACUAUUACACAACACGGAAGCUGCCUAUUAAAGGAGCAGAACACUUGUCACUUUUAUACCCAGUGGCUGUGCGGACAUUAUAAGCAUCUAGCUUGAACCCACUUCCUAUUGUGUGAAUCCAUGUCAGGAUCAAGAUGUACAAUUUAUGUUCGCAGAAACACUGUUCGGCAGAAUCGCAGCACAGCUUUCCAGCCUUGAUGCUUCCUUGGAGACUUCUUAUGCUAGGAUUGUUUGUGCCCUCUAGAUGUUUAAAACACUGUGUAUCUGUUGUUCACUGUUGCACUACUGCAUGUCUUGACAAUUGCAUCUUCAUUGCAAAGGAAAUGAUUCUGAGGUGCAGCCAUCUUUUUAAAUCCUGUGCACCAGUUCCUUCAUGAAUAAAAGUCAUCUCACCUGGGAAAUUGGAACAUGCAAAACCUGCCCUCUGUUUACUUAAGCUGCUUUAAAACUGUAUGCCCUACUUGUCAUGAAUUUACUGAUAUCCAGAGUUUGAAUUACUAUUUUACUUAUGCCAUCAGUGUUCUUUUUGUCAUGGUACAACCUGACUGCUCCAUUUCUCAGACUUUUUAUCAGCAUGGUGAUGAUUUCUUCCCAGCAGGUUCCUACCAAGGUUUUCAACAACUUUUUUUACACAAAAUGUUUGUGCCAUUUCCUCAUAUUUCCCUUGGUAAUAGAGGUGUACAUCUCUUUUGAGAAAACUAGAAUGGGAUAUUACUUAUUUCAGUGACUUCACUGGUUUUGUUGUGUUGUAGCAUACAACUCCACAAAAGUAGAGCCUUCAGGUUUACUUACUUUUAGUUUGUUAAUUCUGAAGUCAUUCAAAACUAAUGAUUUAACUUAUUUGACUCCAUGUGUCAUUCUGGCCUGUAUUUUAACUCCAUCAUUGUUGACCAGUUGGUGAAAGAUGCAGAGAUUCUAGUUUGUGGUAUAAAUUUGUGUUCAGUUAUUUAUGAAAAAGUUAAUGUAAAUAAAACAAUGGUUUAAUAUAUAUUUUUCCCUUUUUGGUACAGUAAUAUAAUUUUAAGGGUGAUGUGCUUAGUGUAGUUGACUGUUUAAAAGCCUGUAAUAAAUUUCAGAAACUGUCAUUUUUUUCCAGAGAGGAGUCUUAUUCCAAAGGUUUAUCUGGUUCUGAUAACGCAUAUGAAACGUAAGACUCAUCCUUUCUAUGUUAUUCAACAUGUUUACUGCAGGACAGCAAUCAAAAAAAAAAAAAAACAUUCAGUUGACUGUAUUACAUUUCGGUUUUUAUAACCCCUUUCAUAUAUGUUUGGUCAUCAAAGUCUAAGAUUGAGAUUACAUAUAGUUAGGAUUAUUUGUAAGCACUGAUAUACAUUAGGUUGAGCUAAUCAAUUUUAGAUAGUUUUAUCUUCUUGUAUAGCAUUGUUGAUUGAAAAUACAACCAUUUUCUGAGCAUGAGUAACAUUUUCCUCACACCUCUUAUAUGAUGUACCUGCUUUCAGAAAUGUUUCUUUGCAAACAAAUUUAAACGUGAAAAAAAAUGAUUGCUAGGCUGUGUCCGUAUGUAUUUUGAGACAGAUCCUUCUGUGGUAUUUAAGUUUCUAAAGAUGGUGGCUUUACAUUAAGCUUCGUAACUAGCUGCCAAUUUGUCUUGCGCUUCAGUGAAAAGUAUUAUAAACAUGUAGAUUAAAUUGCUGUCUCUCUUUAAAAAAAAUGUGCUGUAGUUAUGCAAGCUAACUUGCCUAACUGAAUUAAAUGAGUUGACCUCGGU